CAGGAUCAUAAACCAAACUAUAUAUUCUGUUGAUACAUAUAUACUCAACGAUUAUCUUAAUUGUGUCAUUGGUUUUUUCUCAUUUUGUAUGACGACUUUUAUUUGUACUUGAAAUAUGUAAUCCUAAUUUUUAUUUGGAUGCACAUUACGAUCACGUUUAAUUGAAUCAUUAACCAGAAAAUAACUAUCGUAAUAAAUAUUACAUAAAAAUCUGUUCCGGAAUGAGCACGGCAAUAAGAAAAUGUAAUUCGGACCAUCUCGUGUUUCGACACAUCUACAAAAUGCCAUGUCGAAUUAUUCGUUAUUUUAGUUUUGUUCGGACCUUGCACUGGACAACAACAUCGUUUGCAUUUAUUUUUCAGUUAGUCUUAGUUUGUCACAAGUUGGAAAAAAGUCAAGGAAGUGACAUAGUGUAACUAUUGUUAAAAUGAAAGGGCGUCUAAUCCAUUCAUGGACCAACCGAAGUUGUCACACACUUCUUGUCGAACUACUGAUUCUAGUUUUAAUCGGAUUAAUCCACUGUCAUCAAAAGACAACAACACGAGGACAAUUCAAUAAUGUUGGACCACAUCCUCCAAACAAUAACAAUGCUUCAUCCCCCACGACUACGACAUAUCUUGCGCGAUCCUCAUCUCAAGGGUCGGUCCGUGUCCGAGAGAUUCCAGAAGCCAUGCUUGAUCCUUAUUCUGUCCUGGGCGUCUUGUCCUUUGGAGUUUACAUCUUUUACAUCCUGUACACCCGUUAUCGAAUGAAGGGUCACAAGCCCGCUGGAGGUGGUUCCCCCCAAGCAGGAGGCACCCUCUUUAGUGCCGAUGCACAGGAAAAUAUUGCGAAUAUUAUUAAAAUGGCGACAAAAAUCAUAUCCAACACACCCUAUUUGACCGACUCCAACUCCACUUUCGACGGGGAUGAUUACUUCGAUGCUGCGGAUGGGUCAGACCUUCGGAGAAAGUUUAGAAUCUCACGAAAAUAAGAAAAUGGUAUUUUAUAUCAUUACGAAGCAAGUAUAAUAAUAAUAAUAACGCACUGAUUUGUUGUGGCAAGUUAUCAUUUCAUUUUCCGCAUUGUAUUGUUGUAGUUGUGAAUUUACAUAAACAGAAUAAAAUAAUAAUAUGCAUUAUGAAAUAAUA